CACAAAAUCACAAAAGAUUUUGGUCCUUCAACCACAUGUUCUUCCUCUGUUUUGUUAGAGAGAAUCACAAAAUUCCUCUUCGAGUGUCACCGUCACGCCGUCACGCCGUCACGCUCUCACGCUCGCCGUCGUUGUUCUCGUGAGAUCAACUCUUCACGUGUGCGACGCUUUUCUCUUCUCCGACUGAACAAUAACACGCUAUAAUUUAAAAAUGUCUACAUAUAGUGAAACAACGGUGCAUCUAGAAUGUGAUACAGAUGAUGAAGUAGAAAUUAAUAGCGGUAAUGACUUGUGCAGUCAGCAAGGGAAUGAGAACUCCAAUGAUUACAAAUGUAUCAGUGAUUUGACAGAUGAUGAUAUAAGGGGUAUGGAAUUCAGCACAGAGACAGAAGCUACAUCAUUUUACAAAUUGUAUGCACAUUUCCAUGGGUUUGCUGUAAGAAAGGAUGAUGUAAAACGUGAUCGUGAAAAGAAGAUUUAUAUGCGUCAAUUACUUUGCAAUAAAGCGGGUACUAGCACUGGUAAUAUGAGGCCAACUACUCGAACUGGUUGUGAAGCGAAACUUCGACUACUCUAUGAUGUUGAUUGUAAAAAAUUUAGAGUUUCUGUUUUCAACCCUACUCACAACCAUGAUUUAACUCCUGAACGUUUUGUUCAUUUGAUUCCUAACUAUCGUAAAUUGACUGAGGCGGAUAAACAAGUUGUUAAUGGCUUUAUUUCCAGGGUAAGGCUGAUGGUGAUGCAUCAUUUUUUUCAGAGUUUAGUUUUACAGAUGAUGGACGCCUAG